CUUUUUCGAUUAAAUAAAAUUAUAAACAAUUCCCAUCAUAAACGUAAACCGUAAAAAGUUUUUAACCUUAAUAAUGCCUUUAAGCAAUUAAAUUAACCAGUUUAAUUAAAUAAUAACGCACCGGAACGAAUUCAACAUUUUGUCGACCAAAUGUCUACGUUAGAGGAUAAGAUUUUAGGCGAGAAAUCCCAGUAUUACUGCAGCAGCAGCGAGGACAGCGAUCAUUCGGACGAUGAAUCGCCCCCUAAGGGGCCUUCUCCGGGUUCAAGCGAGCCACCACCGCCUUCGGAGGUCAAUAAAUGGGAAGGCACGUCGACGAAUACGGGCCCCAAAGGCGUGAUAAAAGAUUGGCAACGCUACAAGCAACUCGAAACCGAAAAGAGAGUGCAGGAUGAACAGGAGAAAAUCGCUUUGAUGAAGAAACUCACCUUAACAGUUCGGUCUUCGUUGGACGAAGAACGCGAAAAGGCGGCUCUGGACGAUCCAGAACUGGCAGAUCUUCUCGACGAUGAGUUUCUCAUAACCUAUCAGAAGCAACGAAUGAAAGAGAUGAUCCAGAAUACUAAUUUGAAUUUGAAGUUUGGUGAUUUGAUAAUGUUACGAUCGGGUCAAGAGUUCCUCGAAGCUAUCGACGGUGAACACAAAUCAGCGACAAUCAUUGUUCACAUAUACGAGGACAUCGAGGCUUGCAGGAAUAUGAACGAUUCGUUGAAAACCCUCUGCAAAAUCUACACCAACGUUAAAUUUUGUUGUAUUAAAGGAUCCGCAGUAGGAAUCAGCAGCCAGUUCAAAGCAGACGGUGUACCGGCCUUGUUGGUGUAUAAAGGAGGACAUUUAGUCGGAAACUUCAUAAGAAUAUCUGAUGAGUUAGGCGCGAACUUCAUUGCCGAAGACGUGCAGACUUAUCUAGUCGAGCACGGAUUACUCGAAGAUAAAACUUGUACUCCCAUUUUGGUAUCGAAUGCAAAUCAAGACGACGACAGCGAUUGAAGGCUAUUGUAAACACAUUAGUGUUAAUGCAUACAGAGUUUGUAUUGAUUUCUUCAUGAUGCAAUGUGUAUUUUACUUAAUUUUUCAUGAUCAUUGUAUUGCUUUGUUGUAUACAGAUAACUGCAAAGUUUUACGCAACAGUGUCUAUGGGUGCAACAAAGACAACUUGCGUUAGUGUCGUCUGAAAGAAAAAGAAAGAUAAUGUAGCUUAACUUGUUGCUAAGUCGCUAAAUUAGCAUUAUGAGUCAACUCAUAGAAUUGAACAAAGAUUAUUAAAAUUACAGUGGUUAGAGUGAGAAAGUUGCAAUCCCACAAUACUACUUUCUUUUUCUUUAUAUGAGAUUAACAAAUGUUGUCUUUGUUGCACCCAUAAACCCUACUGCGUACAAGUUUGCACUUAUAUGUAUGUUUAAAGCGCCACCACUGACUGCAUCAACUCGUAGUUUAGGUUCUUAAGUACAUACUUUUUGAUAGAACUUUUGUCAUAUUUGAUAGGCUUUAAAAGUAUUGUCAUUACUAGGCUAACGUCGGUUUUGUGAAGGUUUUUUUUUAUUAAAAACGAAGAAAAAACUGCCAUAAAAAUAUUUAUUCUUGUACAAACACUUAUUAGUAGAUACUGUAGUAUUGCUAUAUUUGUAAAUACUUUUUGUGUACUUUUUCAUAUAAUAAUAAAGCCUUUAUUAAAAGUAAGAAUUAAGUUAUUGUUAGCUGAUUGAAGUGCUGGUUUAGUUUAGUUUUCGUUUCGAUCGAGCUUUUAUAGUCCUUGUACUUUUGCAGUAUAUCAUUGUAUUCUUUGCUGGACACUUGAUCGUAUUUCGAUUUGAGUUUACUCAAUUCUUCUAUGUUGUCUUGGCACGUUUGUUGUUGCUCUUUCAAGUCCUCCAUGAAACUGCUGUAGGCCUUCAACGAGAAAUCGGUCUCGGUGAACAUGUCGAGUUUGAGUUUCUUUUCCAUCAUUUUUUUCUUCAUGCUGACAAUGCUGAGACGAAGUGACAUUUCCUCGGAUACGGCGUCGCUUCUUUCGGGUAAGAUUUUCAGGCGCACCUCGACAAUCUCUUCCAACAGACUGUGGUAUUUGUGAAGGAGAUCGAAAUGCCUUUGCUGUUCGUUUUGUAACUUUUUAAACUGCUCCGUUACGAGAGCUUCUUUUGGGUUGGUGUCUAAUCGGGAAAUGUUUUCAAAUGUAACAGUCCAAUUCGGAUGGGAGGCAAUUAGUUCGGUGCUUCUUUCAGUUAACUUCUGUUUCAAUUUUCCUUUCAAUAAAUUCAAUUCUGUAUGAGACAAAUCAUAGUUUUGCUUCUCGGGGAUAUUUAACAAUGAGAAGGCACUCGCUUGUCGUAAACAUGUUGAUGUGAUUAAAUCCUUGAUUUUAUAUCCGUCGUUAAUAUUACCAUCGUUAAUAACAUCUUCAAUGAGAUCUCUAAUAAUCGUUCGUUUUAAAUAUUUCUGUUGUUCCUGCUUUAGAGUUGCUAAUAGACUUUUCAGCUCUUCUUCUUCAUUACACUUUGCUAUUGAAUUUUCUACAUAAGCACUCAUUUCGCGUGAAAACAAGUGAAAAUAUUUUUCUAC